GCGUGAACUGCCGUCAUGUUAAUCACAGUCGUUAGGAGUAGUCCACGUUGUGGCUACUGUACUGUUAGUCGCUGUCAAAGCGAGUGCCGAUCGCAUGAUAGGGACGUGGAACAUCUAGUUCAAGAUCAAAUAAAAUGGUCAGCGCUUAUACUGUGCCUGUUGUCGGUGGUUUCGGCUCAAUUGGACUUGCCACAGUACAGAGACGAUGCUCCCGACGGUCCGGGGCGGCAACUUCCCUCCAACGAAUUAGAUGUCCGUAAUAUCCUAGCCAGAUUAGACUUUCUCGGUGCGGAAAGAUGCAGCGCUAACGUCGUGGCGCAAUGGGCAUACGAAACCGACGUUAAUGAAUACUCACAGCUACAAGCGUUGGAGGCGCAACGGCUUUACGCGGAUUUUCAGUACCAAGCCUGGUACUUAAUCUCAAGAAUCGACCGGAAUGCAAUCCAAGAUCCCACGAUCAGACGACGUCUCAGGUAUUUGUCCGUCGUGGGUCCUUCGGCGUUACCGCCCGAUCAGCUGGACAGGUACAAUCGGUUGAUCAACGAUAUGCUCGCAGUUUAUAACGGGGCGACCAUAUGCGCCUACAACGAUCCCUUCCGAUGUGGACUGCGCCUAUAUCCAGAGAUAUCGCAGAUCAUGGCGAAAAGUCGGGACUGGGACGAGUUGCAGUACGUCUGGACCGAAUGGAGAAGACGCAGCGGUGCACCGAUCAGAGAUCUCUAUCAGCAAUUGGUUACGUUGAAUAACGAUGCGGCAAGAUUGAACAACUUUACCGACGCCGCCGAAUAUUGGAUGUUCCCCUAUGAAUCGCCUAAUUUCCAACAGGACAUCGAAGAAGUUUGGGAAACGAUUCGCCCGCUUUACGAAGAGCUGCACGCUUACGUUCGCAGAAAAUUACGAGAUUUAUACGGUCCCGAAAAAAUCGGCGGACACGCACCUCUUCCAUCUCAUAUCCUCGGCAACGUAUGGGGACAGUCUUGGAGCAAUCUUUUGGAUGUUACCUUACCAUACCCUGGAAAAACGUAUCUCGACGUCACUCAAGAGAUGCAAGCUCAGGGAUACACCCCGAUCGAUAUGUACCGAGUAGCUCAGGAUUUCUAUCUGUCCAUAAAUUUGAGUGCUAUGCCGCCGGAAUUCUGGGCCGGAAGUAUAAUCGUCGAUCCUGGUAAUCGUCCAUUAAUCUGUCAAGCUUCCGCGUGGGAUUUCUGCAAUCGCUUGGAUUAUAGGAUUAAAAUGUGCACAAAAGUAACAAUGAAGGAUCUGAUAACUGUACAUCACGAGAUGGCACAUAUCCAAUACUUCUUGCGGUAUAGCGGUCUACCUCGCGAAUUUCGUGAUGGCGCAAAUCCAGGAUUCCACGAAGCUGUCGGCGAGGCCAUCGCCUUGAGCGUCGCGACGCCGCGUCACCUGCAAACCCUGGACUUGGCGAACAAAUUUAUCGAUGAGCGCGCGGCCGACAUUAACUAUCUCUUCUCACUGGCGAUGGAGAAACUGGUACUGUUGCCCUUCAGUAUCGUAAUGGACAGGUGGCGAUGGGACGUCUUCCGCGGCUACGUAAACAGAGAGGAGUAUAAUUGCCACUGGCACAGGUUGAUGGAGCAAUAUACGGGCACGAAACCGCCGGUACUGAGGUCCGAGGACGACUUCGAUCCAGGUGCGAAGUAUCACAUCCCGGCCAAUAUUCCAUACAUACGAAAUUUUGUCGCCGGGGUCCUUCAAUUCCAACUUUAUGGCGCACUGUGCCAAGCGGCGGGACAGCGAUACCUCAACGAUCCCAGGAGGCCGCUGCACAAGUGUGACUUCUACAAAAGCCCCGAGGCCGGCAGGAUUCUAGGAACACUGAUGGAAAGAGGCUCGUCCAUGCCGUGGCAAGACACGCUCCAAGAAGCCAUCAACGAGUUCAGACUGGACGGGACCGCUCUUAGGGAAUACUUCCGGCCGCUGGAGGAUUGGCUGAGGACGGAGAAUUUGCGGACGGGUGAAGUCGUCGGCUGGUCUUACGAUGGAGAUUUCUGCAAGAGGAGCAUAGAGACCGCAGGCUUGCAGGUUUACGGGAGUGGCUUCUACAACGGCGCGACGUCGGUUCGCGCGUCCUGGGUCGCGACAGGCGUCCUCGCGCUCACUCUUUGGAUCGUGUCGAUGUUCUAUUGAGCGCGAUGACUUGAAGCAACAAUCGAUAGCUCGUCGAAAAUAACAUCGGAGAUAACCGCGCGUUCCGUUGCAAAACGCGUGGAUACAUAUUCCGCUUUUCCUGCGACGCGCUCGAGGAGAAAAACUCGUUAACGUUCAUCUGCCAGAAUACACCAAAUCGUAAUUGUAUUCCUAUGGAGUUGAGUAAUGUGUUGUUGAAUAAAAGAUAGCCCAUUUGCAAGUAUGUAUAGUCACACGACAGUCGGCAGCGAAAUGAUGACGAUCGUUGCCUCUGCAAUAAAGGACGCGCUAAAGUGCAUCCUUGCGUAGCGUAAAAGUACGUCCAAACUUAUAUUAUAUCGCGUAUCAGAUCAUGAUACGAUACAUUGAUACAAUACUAUGAUAAGUUUUCAACUCGCAUUCGUAUCUUUGGAGUAUCUUUCCCACUUUUCCACUUGUAAUACAUCAGUAUCUUCAGUUCCACAUUAUCUCCAUAUGAUCAUGAUGCAGAUCGCAGUGGCGUCCAUACUGACUAUGUCGCGUAUCAUUUCUUUGAUGUGACGGCAAAAUACCGACUCCACAUUCAGAAAAAUCCCUCGGUAGUCAAAACAAGAACGCGUUUGCUAUUUGAUAUUCGUUGAGGAAACAAGUCGUACAGUUACCGUUGGAAAUCACUUCUUAUCAUUUGUCAUCUUAACAAACAUGUAUGAAUGUAAUAAAUAAUAUUGAAAUUUAACAGAGUCUAACCGUCGAUCGAUUAGUCAUGUUGGUAAACGAAAAGUUUUCGGUGUAUCAGCAUUAUAUGUUUUCAUAACGUCUCACGCGUCGCUCGGAUCCUCGCAUCUAUGUGUAAGAACGCGUCAACAAUAUAAAAAUUGUCUAAUUCGUUGUAUGCGGUUGGAAGCUAUUGUUUCGGACGACUAACGGUAUAUAUCGGGGAACAUAUAAAUUUGUAAAACCGUUAUCCAGGAGCGAUCUUCCUUGUUCGUUCGUUCUGAGUGACACCGAAUAAAUAAUUAGAGAAAAAUUGUUGCUUUAUUCUUCCUGAUCCUACAAACAUAUAUAGCCUGAAAUCAAAUCAUAUUUGUUCUCGUCCAUUUAGGUUACAUUAGCUAUGUGUCCAUUACAGAAACGUUGCUCAGAGCAGCAAAUUCGAAGUAGCAAGUUGUUUGUUCCCAUUAUGGGGAUUUGCUGAUCCAUCAAUGAUUUGCUGAUACCAACGAUAUUAACACAAUUCUCUCUCAGAGCAGAUCGAUCAUCAAUUUUUCUCUCUGUCCACACUUAGCUGAUUAUAAUGCAAAUCUCGAUACGGUGAUAUGGUACAAGUCUGGAUGCGGACAUUAAGCUGCACAUUUCGCGCAAUGUAAAAGUGUACCGUGUAGACUAUACACACGCUCGUUAAUUUAAUGUGUUUUACGAAAUACAAUACGUAGAGUCGUGGCCUUACGAUUAAGAGCAUGAGGUACUUGUACAAAAACAUGUAUGUGUCGUGUGAAUGUCUAAGCGCAUACAUAAGUCAUUUUACGCGCACGGAGACAAGCAACUCAUAUAUAUAAUCCACGUUCUAUAAUUAUCAACUCUUCACCGUUGGUAUAUAAAAUAAACUUAAUGCCUUUGUUGUAAA